GAGCCGCUGCAGCCAUAAAGGAGGCUCCACACACACAUCCGUCUGGAAGGAAUUAGACAGCUGAAACAGCGGCGCAGAGACUUUUGGCCACUUCUGUGCGCUCUGAGUAACCUGGAUGCUUAGGAGGGGAACUCUAGAAAUAUUUACAUCCCCCCUCAAAGAGCGAAAAAACACAGAGCGAUAUAGCUCACAUAUUAUCAUUACAGAAGGAGCCCUUUUUUUGUUUUUGCUAAUUAUGACUGACGCUGCCAAAGUUGAUGGCUUUUUGUAACUUUUUGGGGGAAAAAAUGAAUUAAACUGACAGAAGUUGAUGGAGAAGAAUAUUUAUCUUUUUUUAUUGUCUACUUUUUAUUUAUACUUUUUUAUAUGAAUGAUGCCAAAGUUGACUGACAUGAUGUUUGUACACCAAAAGAUGCAUGUGCUCCACAGUUACAGAGAGACUUAGAAGUUAGAGAAGUCCUGGUAACUUUUACGCAUCCUGCAGGGCACACAUCAAGGAACGCGCACGGUUCUGAUUCUUAUUUUUAUUUUUAUUUUUUUGUAAUUGAUGAGGAUCAUUUGGAGAGGAUUCAUGAGAGUCACAACUUCUCAAACUUUGUUGCUACUUUCUGUCCCUGUGGAUCGGCACCGCAGCCACCGGAGUUGACCGCAUCCUUCAUCCAAGGACGAGCGAGAGGACCGCAGCUGCUUCAAGAUGAAAUGUCAAAGAGUCCUCACCUACCUGAGGAUAUUUGGGACCACCAUGUUUGGCGUGUCCCUCCUUGUGGGCAUCUCCACUGCCUACAUCAUGGGCUACCAGUUCUUCACCACGGCCCACAAUCACCUAUCCUUUGGCCUGUACGGCGCCAUCUUGGUCGUCCACCUCAUCAUCCAGAGCCUCUUUGCACUCUUAGAACACCGGAACAUGCGGCGUUCCCUAGAGACCCCAAUUAAACUGAACAAAUCCUUGGCACUGUGCAUUGCAGCGUAUCAAGAGGACCCAAACUACCUGAGAAAAUGCCUGGUGUCGGUGAAGAGGCUGACAUACCCGGGGAUCAAAGUGAUCAUGGUGAUCGACGGGAACUCAGACGACGACUUGUACAUGAUGGAGAUUUUUAAAGAGAUCAUGGGAUGGGACAAGUCGGCCACAUACGUGUGGCGGAGUAAUUAUCACAGCAGGGGCCCCGAGGAGACGGACGAGAGCUUCACCGAGAGCCUUCAGCAAGUGUCCAGGACUGUGCUGAACAACAAGUGUGUGUGCAUCAUGCAGAAGUGGGGAGGGAAGAGAGAGGUCAUGUAUACGGCCUUCAAAGCACUAGGGAGGAGCGUGGACUAUGUGCAGGUGUGUGACUCUGACACCAUGCUGGACCCGGCAUCAUCAGUGGAGAUGGUGAAGGUUUUAGAGGAAGACCCGAUGGUGGGCGGCGUUGGAGGAGACGUACAGAUCUUAAACAAAUACGAAUCCUGGAUCUCCUUCCUGAGCAGCGUCCGGUACUGGAUGGCCUUCAACAUUGAGCGGGCCUGCCAGUCCUACUUCGGCUGCGUUCAGUGCAUCAGUGGGCCUUUAGGAAUGUACCGAAACUCCCUCCUGCACGAGUUUGUUGAGGACUGGUACAAUCAGACUUUCAUGGGAUCCCACUGCAGUUUUGGGGAUGACCGUCAUCUCACCAACAGAGUCCUCAGCCUCGGGUACGCAACCAAAUACACUGCACGAUCAAAGUGCCUCACCGAGACGCCGAUUACAUAUUUGCGGUGGCUCAACCAACAGACUCGGUGGAGUAAGUCAUAUUUCAGAGAAUGGCUCUACAACUCCAUGUGGUUCCACAAACACCAUCUAUGGAUGACUUAUGAGGCUGUGAUCACCGGCUUCUUCCCGUUUUUCCUCAUCGCCACUGCAAUCCAACUCUUCUACCAAGGAAGGCUCUGGAAUAUUCUGUUGUUUCUGCUCAUUGUGCAAGCAGUGGCGCUGAUAAAGUCGUCAUUCGCCAGCUGCCUGAGAGGUAACAUUGUCAUGGUGUUCAUGUCGUUCUAUUCUGUACUGUACAUGUCGAGCCUGUUGCCAGCCAAAAUGUUUGCAAUAGCGACAAUCAACAAGUCUGGAUGGGGGACGUCUGGGAGGAAAACAAUAGUGGUGAACUUCAUCGGUCUGAUUCCGAUAUCGGUCUGGUUCACCAUCCUCUUCAUCGGGAUUCUAUACACGAUUGUACUUCAGACUAGAAAACCCUUCCCUGAAUCAGAGAAGAUUGUUCUGAUCGUAGGAGCAGUCGUCUAUGCCAGUUACUGGGUCAUACUGUUGACGUUGUACACAGUGCUCAUAAACAAAUGUGGGAAGAGGAAGAAGGAAACACACUAUGAUAUGGUGCUGGAUGUAUGACUUACAGACUACAGUCAUCCUUUACCACUGAACUCUCUUGGGUUGUUUUCACUCAUACCCUGUUGUUGGAAAGCAGAUGUUUUACAGAUGCUGAGCAGCUCUGGAGGCAAAACUGGUUGAGUUCAAUCAAAAUGGGCAAAGAACCCAAGUUUUUUGUUUUUCAAACUUGAAUAGUAUACAACAUAUAAAUGGCAUAUUCUUACCAUAAUGUAUCUAGCUGAAGAUCAAUGAAUGUGGCUAAUGGGCUAACUUGGAUAACUCAGAAUGGCAAGAUAGUAUGUAUUACAGUUGGCAGCAAGAGUGCUAGGCUUCUUCAUAUUAGCUACCUCUUACCCAUGUCAUUUUCACUGGGCUUCAGUCUAACAUUAGCAACUUAGCCAGAGAAACUGUGGAUUUUUGGUUUCCUCCAUUGGGGUUUAACUUGACCAGUAAGAAUAUUUUACCUCCAGAGCAUCCAAGAAAUGUACCUACACCCCAACUAAAAAGCAAUCUAUGUGUUGCCCCCAUUAUGCGAAGUCAAAUGACUGUCAAAUGACUGCAUGACAUUAAUGAUGACAUUAGUAGUAGUGAUUUUACCACAAGUGAUGAAGAUGCACAAAAAAAUACUGCAUGCUACAUUUGUUAGUUCUGGGGGCAAUGCAUGGAUGUACCUUUUCAGUGUUUUAAUCUGUUUGGGGAAGAGCUAUCUAAUCAAUCUGCAAAGCAUGAAGGGUUGCAGACAGGGCUUUAACAUGGAGAGCUGCUCACUUUCUUUUGGAGCACUCAUGUCAUAUGGGAAAGAUAUAAACUACCUUGUACUCCUCAGAAGUUGAGCUCGUAGGCAGUAGCUAAAUCCCACAUCUGGAACUGGCAAGAGGAUCAGAUAACCUUGUUUCUGAUGCCUAGAACAAGAAAGCACUUGUCAUGUACCCUGUGGAAUAUUUUAACAUUGUAAAUUCAUAAUUACUACUCCUAAUUUCCUCUGCAGUACACAACGAUUUUCUGUUAUAUCAUAUCAUCACUAAUGGUGUAAAGCAGAUACAGGUGCAGUAUGUUUGUUGUUAUUCCCAUAUGACAUGACUGCAUUUUUUUUCGUAACGUUUACAAAGUGAAGAAUCUCAAACUGAUCACUGAUUGGUAGAUAUAAUCUCCACCUGAUCAGGUGAACAUGUGACCACAAGAGAGAGACGGUGUAUCAUUGCUGCUGUGACUGUUUAAAUUUUUUUUUUUACAGAAAAUAAUGACUUUUGUUAUUCUUUUUAAAAAAAUAUUAAUUAUGAGUGUAUGUUGCAAAAAAAAAGGUUUUAACACAAUUAUUGUUAAUGUAUUUCUUUCUACCAAGUUGAAUGAUAACCACCAAGCAGACAAGGUGGACGUGUUCCAAUCCAAAGACUUUGUGAUUUUUUGCCUUCCACAUGCCCUUGCUCUCUUCCAUUCUUCACAUACUGUAUUGAGGAUAAUGUGGCUACAUCUCAAUGCUUCCUUGCACUGUGCUGAACAUUGCAACGGAAAGACUAAAUGUGAUAAGACAAUGUUAGUGUACCUACAGUGGGAAAAGUACUACCUGAUAAUAGGAAUGUGAAUAAGGGCACUUGAUGGAAGGGAGCAGCAUUUUGAAUGGAAUGAAAUAAGUCCAAUGUUUGCUUUAGACCAGGAGCAGACAUAAGUUUAAUUCUUACGCACUUUUAUGUCUCUCCCGUUGUCCAGCGUGAUGCUUGACGUAAUCAAUAUGAAAUACCUCAGUGGUUCUCUAUGCAUUGCAUUAAGGCAUCAGGAUGCCGUCCAAAGACUGAUGCAUUCUGACGGUCUCAAGUAAUUUAUGAUCUGUUUGUGAUAUGAAAUAUAAAAGUGUCCUUUUUAAUAUACGCAGUUCCGUAUUAAGUCAAAGCUGGAUUUCUCUGCCUUGUCUGCCCUUUGCUGUAGCGGUUUACUUAUUUUUACUUUGUAUUUCAAUGCAUUUUUAUAUAUAGACGUUUUUAUUCUAUUUUUGCUUAGCUACCAAAGAUUCUUUAUUUUCAUUCAUGUUUUUGUAAGAAAAAUGGAAAAAAAAUGUAUUUGUUGUGCUUUCAACUGUUCUGAGAAUGACUUGUGUAUCUGACCAAACAAUGUGAAAAUAUGAGCUGGGGGUUUUGUCUGCAAUAACAACAAUAAAAAUGCAAUUUGUAGGGAUAAGUUAUUGAUUUCAAGAAAAAGAGAUGAACCUGUGUUUUUUUUGUACUUAGAUAGAAAACCAGCAUAUUUAUUUAAGACCAUUCUGUGGUUUAUAGGACUCUGUACUUAGUAAGAAGCUCUCUGGUAUACAUGUAAACCCCUAAAGGUUCCAUAUGUCUACACUGCGAAAGCAAUAAAUACAUUCAGAAAUGAUUGUCAAUAUAAACCACAUGUGAACAUGAUUUGUAGAUUCUGUUUUUUGCAGCAUUGAAACUUGUAUGACAUUGUGGCUUCUAUGUUCAGACCUUAGUACAAUUGACAAUAAAGGCAAAGCAGACUGUAAACUUUCAUUUCAAAACAUUUCAAAAACAUUUGCACGAAAAUGCAGUCAUCUGCAAAUUGUGUAUACUUUCAAAUUGAGAGGUGCCUUACUGAGCGAUGACAAACAAAAAACUGAGUAACAUUUUAUACAGUUUGAAGGUUUGGUAAUUUUUCAAGCUGUAAUGGAUGAGACUGACAUUUAAAUCAUGAGGUUAUUUUCAUGCCAACCUAGUCUUGGGCAGUGUUAUCAUGAAGCACUUUUGUGUUGUGCCAAAUAAAAACAACUAUUGUUUUAA